CGCGCGGCUGCGGGCUGACGGGAGGAAGUUGGAGCCGCCGCCGAGAUUGGGGAAACGAACUACAAGUCCCCCCCCCCCCUCCACCGGCCCUCCCCGCGCUGAAAAAACAGACGGAAAGUACGGGAGCGGGGAGCCUCGGAGAGCCGUCACCGGGAGCGGAGAGAGCUGGCGGGGGAGUAUGGACUAGAGGAGCGGGCUCUCGGCAGAUGGAGGCGGUCAGAAGUUUGCUGCUUGUCGGGGCCGCGCUGCUCGGAGCGACGGGCGCGCUGGGCAGAGAAGUCUGCCUGGGUACGGACAUGAAGCUGGCCCUCCCCUCCAGCCUGGAAAAUCACUACGAGACCCUGAGGCUGCUCUACACCGGCUGCCAGGUCGUCCACGGCAACCUGGAGAUCACGCAUCUCCAUGGAGACCCCGAUCUCUCCUUCCUCCAGGGCAUCGUGGAGGUGCAGGGCUACGUGCUUGUCGCUCACGUCUCAGUCAGCCUGGUACCGUUGGAUAACCUGCGGAUCAUAAGAGGCAGCCAGCUGUACAACUCCAGCUACGCGCUGGCCGUGCUGGACAACGCUCAGGACGGGCGGGGGCUCCGGACGCUUCGCCUCCGCAGCCUCACAGAAAUCCUCCUGGGAGCGGUGUAUAUUUGGGGAAACCCGCACUUGUGUUUCCCGGACCCCCAGAGCAUCAACUGGAGAGACACCCUGGACGAGCAGAACAGCCACGACAAGCUGCACCGGCUGCAGCGCCGGGUCGCCAACUGUCCGAACUGUGCGUCGCAGUGUGGAAAUCGCUGCUGGGGAGAGACGGCUCAGGACUGCCAGACCCUGACCCGGACCAACUGCGCGUCCGGCUGCCAGCGCUGUAAAGGCCCGUCGCCCAACGACUGCUGCCACAGUCAGUGCGCCGCAGGAUGCACGGGACCCAAAGACUCCGACUGUCUGGCGUGUCGCCACUUCCACGACAGCGGCGUGUGCAAGGAGGGCUGUCCGCCGCCGACCAUCUACGACCCCAUCACCUUCCAGACCAAACCCAACCCUAACAAAAAGUUCAAAUUCGGAGCCACCUGCGUCAAAACAUGCCCCUAUAACUAUCUGGCCAUGGAAGUGGCUUGUACUUUGGUUUGUCCCCGAGCCAACCAGGAAGUUAUCCUGACUCAGCCCGACGGACUCGAGACGCAGAAGUGUGAAAAAUGUGAAGGAGACUGUCCCAAAGUGUGUUAUGGUCUGGGCAUGGACAACCUCGGUGUGAUGGACAAUCACGGCAUCACCAUGGUAACGUCUUCCAACGUGGAGCAGUUCAACCAGUGCAAGAAAAUCUUUGGGAGCCUGGCCUUCGUCCCUCAGAGCUUUGCACGGGAUCCUCUAACCAACACGUCAGGCUUGAGUUUAGAGCAGCUCAGAGCCUUCAAGAAGCUGGAGGAGAUCACAGGUUAUUUGUACAUCGAAGCCUGGCCUGAGGAGUGGACCGACCUCGGCGUGUUUGAAAAUCUGAAAGUCAUCCGAGGCAGGAUGCUCUACAAGGGGGUGUUUUCUUUGGCCAUCCAGAAUCUGCACAUCCAGUCUCUGGGGCUGCGCUCGCUGCGCAGCGUCAGCGGAGGCUUGGUCUUGCUGUACAACAACUCCCAGCUGUGCUACACCGCCUCCCUGCCCUGGGAGAGUGUCCUGCAUCCCACCCAGGGGCCCCAGCGCAUCGUCACGCGCAACCAGGACACGCAAGUGUGCGAGGCUGAGGGGCGUGUGUGUCACCCGCUGUGCGAGGGGGGCUGCUGGGGUCCGGGGCCCAGCCAGUGUGUGUCCUGCAAAACCUUCCAGCGCGGCACCGAGUGUGUGGAGCAGUGCGACAUCGAUCAGGGGCCCGUGCGCGAAUACGCCGAUGGAUCCACGUGUGUCGCCUGCAGCGCCGAGUGCCGGCCUCUCAACGGCUCGGCCUCCUGCCAGGGCCCGGGUGCGGAGGACUGCACGGAGUGCCGUAACUUCCAGGACGGAGAGUUCUGCGUGGACCACUGUCCGAGCGGCGUGAAGGAGGAUCAGCACACGGUGUGGAAGUACAGCAACGCGUCCGGACACUGCCUGCCCUGCAACGUCAACUGCACAGUGUCCUGCACUGUGAUGGACGAGCGAGGCUGUCCAGUAGACACUCGGACAGGGCCGGGCACGACGAUCGCGGCGGCGGUGGGUGGCGUGGUGCUGUUCUUCAUCCUGCUGGCUCUGCUGGUCUUCUACCUGCGCAGACAGAAGAAGCUCAAGAGGAAGGAGACGAUGAGGAGGAUCCUGCAGGAGCACGAGCUGGUGGAGCCUCUAACUCCGAGCGGCGCGUCGCCCAAUCAGGCGCAGAUGCGCAUCCUGAAAGAGACCGAGUUGAAGAAGCUGCGGGUGCUGGGCGCCGGGGCGUUCGGCACUGUUUACAAAGGGGUUUGGGCCCCAGAUGGGGAGAAUGUGAAGAUACCAGUGGCCAUCAAGGUGUUGCGAGAGAAUACCUCACCGAAAGCCAACAAAGAAAUCCUUGAUGAAGCCUAUGUGAUGGCGGGUGUUGCCAGCCCGUACGUCUGCCGCCUGCUGGGAAUCUGCCUGACCUCCACGGUGCAGCUGGUCACUCAGCUGAUGCCGUACGGCUGCCUCCUCGACUACGUCCGGGAGAACAAGGACCGCAUUGGUUCUCAGUACCUCCUGAACUGGUGUGUCCAGAUCGCCAAGGGUAUGAGUUAUCUGGAGGAAGUCCGGUUGGUGCACAGAGAUCUGGCCGCCCGCAACGUUCUGGUGAAGAAUCCGAACCACGUGAAAAUCACCGACUUUGGUUUGGCUCGUCUGCUCGACAUCGACGAGACGGAGUAUCACGCUGACGGGGGGAAGGUGCCCAUUAAGUGGAUGGCUCUGGAGUCCAUUCUCCACAGAAGGUUCACUCAUCAGAGCGACGUCUGGAGCUACGGAGUGACGGUCUGGGAACUGAUGACGUUUGGAUCCAAACCCUACGACACGAUCCCGGCCAGGGAAAUCCCCGAGGUUCUGGAGGGAGGAGAGCGACUGCCGCAGCCCCUCAUCUGCACCAUCGACGUCUACAUGAUCAUGGUCAAAUGUUGGAUGAUCGAUCCGGACAGCAGGCCCAAGUUCAAAGAUCUGGUCAGUGAUUUUAGCGCCAUGGCCAGAGAUCCGCCUCGUUACGUCGUCAUUCAGAACGACGAGCAGAUGAGCAUGUGCAGCCCGGUGGACAGCCACUUCUACAGGAUGCUCCUGGAAGAGGGGGACAACGUCGGGGAAAUGAUGGACGCUGAGGAGUACCUGGUGCCGCAGCCGAACCUCUUCCCCAGGCCCAAAGACGAGUCGCAGCCCAACGGGCCGUCCAGGCACCAGUCGUACAGGCAGAGCAGAGAUCAGGGCUUGGACGUGGAUCCGUCCGUCGCCGCUGGAGCUCGGAGCAUGUACCCCCCUCUCGGUGCCGUCGGGCGCAGCCAGUACCCCACCUUACCGCUGGGCGCCAGCGCCUCCAGCGGCCCGUGGACCCAGUACCCGACGCUGGCCCGCAGCCCCUCGGCCGGAGGGCAGUCCGACUCGGUGUUCCUGGACGGGUCUCCGGACGGCGUCUCGUUGAUCCCCGCCAGCCCCGGGCGCUACUGCAAAGACCCCACCUACCCCAACGGGAGUCAGGGGGACCUCGAGACCGAUGGUCCCAACGGCUUCCACCACCCCAAUUACCUCCAUCACUCACUGCCCAGGCCGAGGGUCAACCACAAUCACAACCACGUUUUGCCAGAGUAUGUGAACCAGGAGAUUCAGGAUCCUCGGCCCGGGGUCCCGGAGCGGCCGACCACGCUGCCCCGAAAGGGCUCCAGGGCGGACAAGCGCCUCCCCAACGGCCUGCACCCGGGCCGCAGCGUGGAGAACCCGGGGUACCUGGUCCCGGUGACCUCUGCCAGCUCCACCUCGCCAGCCUUCGACAACCCCUACUACCUGGACCUCGUGGCCAAAGCUAAAGCCGCGCCGGGGGCGGCGGCGGCGGCGGACGGCUCUGCGGGACUAGAGAGCAAUGGCGGAGUCAGCAGGCACGUGAACGGAUUUGUGACUCCCACUGCUGAGAAUCCAGAGUAUCUGGGACUCGUGGACACCUGGAGCGGCCACACCUGAGGGACGGGCAGCGGACACUCAGGACGAGUCGUGUUCUUCUGAGGGAAACGGAUGAAAGGGAAGGAGAAACGAGCCGGGCGCCUGUUUGGACCUGCUGGCAGCAUUGGCAUGUGGGACUGACGUUUCCCCUCCGUUCUCACUUGAGCGUUCACUGUUUACUGUUGUCCGUCAAAAGUCACCGUUCUCUCAGAUGUGACGUGCAAUCACUCGACAAAAUGUAGCAUUCGUCUGGCGUCUGUGGCUCUUCUUCCCCCUUCAGCGAUCUGUGACUGAGAAGCGCCAAAAAGAAGUUCAUCCCGCCAAUAGAGUCCAAAACCCAUCAUGACGUGAGAAAUGUCCAAUUACACUACUGGGUCAUGAAUACUAGUUUUUACCGAUCAUUUCCUGCAGAGUCUGUUCGGUUCUGCUGGUUUCCACAGCUCCUCCUUCACUCCCGGGCUGCAUCGGCUGCAGCGGCCCGGACAAAGACAUUACAGAACUCUCCGACAAAGUGAGCCAUGAUAUGCAUUGAAGAUGAUGUUUAGUAUUCUGGUCACUUUCUCCCGGACCUGAUGCGGGUCUCCGGCGCCCUCAAAGCCAUUCUGUUGUGGACAGAGGAGGCCCCCGGCAGCCCAUCUGGCCCGUAGACCCGCUCCCUGAAAGAAAAGGCAUCCUGUAUGGAGAAGACAGAGGCAUUGUGCUGCACUGAUGUCUGCGGCCGCUGGUGUCUGUGGCGACUCUGUGGUACGAGGAAUGGGUUAUGAGGUACCAGCCCGCUGUUCAAAGCUGCAAAAAAUACGAGAAAUAAUAUUUUUGUCUGUAAAGUAAUAAGCAGUAUGCAAAACCUUUCAGGGAUUUGUCAGAUUAUGGGGCGGAUUACGCAGAAUGCACUACAUGUUAACGUGUUAUUAAGGUUGUUUUUUUUUUUUUACUGUGCAUGAAUGCACUUCAAGCUAUUAGUUAAAUGUAUUCCAUAGGAAGUGAGAACUUUGCGUUCAUACAUGCAGGGAGUUCUCCUUUCGUUCAACCGAAGCAGCUCGGCCUCGUGUGUGUUUUUGUGUCGAAGCAAAGAAAUCCGGGAAACGAUACGAGGCUCAAAUUCCACUCGGCCAAAACACAACCGGCAUCCCAGUUAAUGAUCAACAGCAUUUUUGUGAAGGCUGUUUUUCUUCUUCUUCUUCAUGUUUACUGGCGUCGGGGCUGGGGGGAGGUGGCAAGCCCGCUCAAUGCGGCCAUUGUGGGAGCGCCGCGUUCCGAUUGGAGCGUCGAGCGGCGGUCCGCGGGGGUCUGAGAACAUUCAGCCGGCGAUCCCGAAAAGCUCUUGAAAAGUGGAGGAUUUUUCUCUCGUCUGCAGAUUGUCGUCAAUCUGCAUCUACUACUGAACUUUAAACAUUAAAAAAAAAACGAAAACCGGCCUCAGAGAAGAAGGAGCAGAAGGAUUGAGAUGUUGAGAGUCACAUUCAUGUCAGUUAUACUCUGAAAAGUCAAACCGUCUUUAAUUUUAAUGUUCUCAUACGGGUUUUUGAAGAGUUUAGUUUCAGAAUAAUAUUUCU